UUAGUAAAUUGCUUAAAAUUUAUUUGCAGCAAAAAGAAAGGUAUAAUGAACUGAACUAAACAGGCACUAUGAGCUUUUGCUGAUGACCAGCGUCCUGUUCGAGGAAGAUGUUGGAGUGGUUCUGAUCGUCCUACUAAGAACAGAUCGCAAAAUCUACUAGAUUCAAAAAGCAACAUGGUGGAGUGGCUGGCAUCAUCCUUCAUCGGUAGGUUGGCUGAUAAAAUCUGCAGCUAUGCCGGCAACCAAUACGAGCACCAAAGCUACGACACCGAGGAGAAGAUUAAGCAACUGGGGAGCAAGGCGAAGAUGAUUAAAGAUUUGAUACAUGCAGCAGAAGCGAGCCAGACCAGUAAUCUGAUAUUUGCAGAUUACAUCCUGAGAUUGAAGAACGAGUUUUAUGUGCUCGAUGACAUCUUUGACAAGUUCGAUUACAGAAAGAUCGAGGAGAAAGUCAGGAACCGCAACAAAUCACAGGCGGCGCAUGGCUUCUUCCAGUGGCGGCUUCUUAAUCAUGCUGCAAAGCAUGCCCAAGUAGUGAUUAACCGCUUGUGCUUCUCCGAUCAAGACCUCAAUGACUUGUUAGAGGCAACAAGAAUGUUGGACAACGUUCAUUCUGAAAUGUCCAAUUUGACCAAGCUAGUGCAAUCAGAUUUAGCUCCGAAGUCAGAUGACUCGCUUGAGUGGCGGAUUACAACUUCAAUCUCUGGGACGAAAUUGUUCGGCCGAGACAACGAGAAAGUAAGCUUAGUGAAGCUUCUCCUUCAGCCCUUUGAUGCAACUUCUUCAAGUAGUAGAAACUUUUCUGUGAUCUCUAUAGUUGGCGUGGGAGGUGUUGGGAAGACCAGUCUUGCACAGGCUGCUUUUAAUGACCCUGCAGUAAUGGCUCGUUUCACAACAAAGGUGUGGGCGUGUGCACACCGAUUUGAUCUCAAAAGCUUGUCAAUUGAGAUUCUAGCAGAAGCUUCAUCAAGGAGACAGGAAAAUUUUCACAACUUGCGCAGUUUGGAAAAAAUUCAAUUAUCUCUCAUGAAGCAUCUGCGGGGAAAGAGGUUUCUCAUCGUACUUGAUGAUGUCUGGAAUGAAGCAAGUGGCAAAUGGGAAAUGUUAAGUAGGUCAUUCCAAUCUGCCAAAGAGGGAAGCAUAGUUCUGAUAACCACCCGCAACCAGAGGAUUUCAGAUAUGAUGGAGGCAAAGGAAAGUAUGAAAUUAGAGGGUCUAGGCAAUAAAGAUUUCUUGCCCUUUUUUAUGAACUGUGCAUUUGGUUGUCAUAAUCCUGGACACUACCCCAAAUUAUUGCAGCUUGGGCAACAGAUCGCAAGGAAGAUGGGUGGUUCACCACUGGCUGCGAAGACUGUAGGAGGUGCCUUAAAGUCCAACUUGGAAGAAGAUCAUUGGAGAAGAAUUCUAGCAAGCAAACUAUGGCAAUUACAUCAGAAUGAAUAUGACAUUGUGCCAGCUCUGAGAUUGAGCUAUGAGCAACUCCCUAAACACUUGAAGCAGUGCUUCGCAUACUGCUCAAUCUUCCCCAAAAACCACUGCUUCGAAAAGGAUAGUUUAGUCCAGAUGUGGAUGGCCCUUGGUUUUGUUCAACCAGAUGGUCAGAGAAGACUGGAGGACAUAGCCGGGGAGUAUAUAGAUGAUUUGUACAGCAGAUUCUUUUUCCAAAAUGCGGCGGGAAGGAGCAACAGAUUUGCAAUUCAUGACUUGCUUCAUGAUGUUGGUGAAUCUGUCUCAACCAAGGAUCAUUUCAGACUCGAAAAUGAAACUUCAGAAAUUCCAAGGAGUGUCAACCACCUGUCUAGUAAUGCAACUCACCUGAAGAAGGUCUAUGAGUUUGCACAUGAAAUGAAGAAUCUAAGAAGCCUUGUUGUCUUUGGAGAGAAACCUUUGGCGCGGCCGGCAUUUGUUGAACUCUUUGAGGAAGUUUUAAAGCAGCUUAAAGGUCUUCGUAUCGUCGUUCUCCAUGAUCUUCCAGUGACCAAGUUGCCAGAAGCAAUUGGUAACCUAGUGCACCUCAGGUACCUGGAGAUUCAAAGCAGCCAUGCUGUUGAAUUUCCAAAUUCUUUGUACAAGCUUUACCAUUUGCAAGGCCUGAAGAUUAAGAUCAAGAUGCUUAGCAGUGUGAAUUCCUAUGGUUGGUCACCAAAACCACAUCCAGCAGCCAUAGGGGAUCUGAUUAACCUGAGGUAUCUUCGAAUUAGUCCUGAAUCAUUGUAUGCCAUACCUGGUAUCGGUUCACUGACUCUUCUACAAGACCUAGAGCAGUUCCAUGCAAGGAAGUCGAGUGGAUUCCAGAUCAAGGAAUUGGGUAACCUGAGGCAGCUCCAUGGAGAGAUUUGCAUCAAGAACCUUGACAAUGUUAGAAGCAAGAAGCAUGCUCAGGAAGCCAGGUUAUGUAACAAAGAGCACCUCAGGAAGUUGUCACUCUACUGGAACUAUCACAGGCAAGGCUGCCCAAGCACUUGGGAAUAUGAAGAAGUCCUGGAGGGACUCCAACCUCAUCAAAAUCUCAUUGAGUUGAAGAUUAGACGCUACAUGGGCAUCAGGUCUCCGAGCUGGAUGCAGACAUCAAAUCUUGAGUAUAUCGAGCUGUCCCACUGUAAUCGAUGGAAACUGCUACCUUCACUUGGGCAGCUGCCCUUUCUGCGGUUUCUGCACAUGAGAAGCAUGGCAGAACUAGAAGAGCUUGGUACACAAUUCUAUGGAGACAAUGGUACGGCAUUUGAAUCACUGGAAGAACUUAAGAUUGAAGACAUGCCCGAGUUGAAGGAGUGGUCAUAUUCAUCAAUUGAGCCAUCUUGCAAUCUGUUCCCUCGCCUAACUAAACUACAUAUCAGAAACUGUCCUAAACUCAGAGGGCCAAUUCCCACUCCCACCUUACCAAAAGAAAUAGCCUUGUUCUUGUCAGAUAAGAUUACGCCAAUAGCAAAUGACAAGAAUAAAUUAUGCAAGAGGCAGGAUUCAAGGCUCGUGCUCACUACUGAUCGGAUAUGGAGGGUAGCACAGUGCAUUCCAGAAGCCAGUCUUGGCUUCAUUCACUGGUUGGAAAUGAGCUCGUCCUUCUUGGUGACUUUUACUGCAGAGCAAGAAGAAUGGCUUCAACAACUUUCUUAUCUAAGACAUUUAAGCUUCUCAGAAUGCAAUAACAUGACAUGUUUACCAGCAGUGCUGAAAUCCAUCACAUCUUUGGAAACACUCCACAUAAAGAAAUGCCCUGAAGUUAAAUCAUUGCCACAAAAUGGUCUUCCUGGUGCGCUGAAGGAGAUUCAUAUCAACGGCUGCCACAGGGAACUGAAGCAGAGGUGCAGCUGGAGUGGAGCGGAUGGGCACAAGAUCUCUCACGUCAGCACCAUCCUGAUUGAUGGAGAAGAGAGAAGAAGGAUCAAGAAAAUGAGAGCAUAA